AUGCUGUCGGACCAGGCGCUGAGGGGCGCACCCAUCCGCGAGGGGCAGCUCUGGCACCUCUCCUCAGAGGAGAAGGUGGACCCCGUGCACGUCUUCUUGCACGUGAACGGCUUCCGAUUUCAGAGCGAUGGCCAGGAGGUGGCCGUGGCCGUGUCGCCCUUCACCUUGGUCCGGAAUUGCAAGUUCCAGAGCACCUACCCAUCCUUGGACAUCUCGGACUUCAAGAUUUUCAAGGUUUCGCUCUUCGCGCAGGGGGCUUGCUACUACUUCGGUGUCCGGGGCCAGGACGCUCUCAAGGCCGAGGAGGAGAGGUCGCGGUGGGUGCUGGACAUCUCUCGGGCCAUGCGCCUGGUGACGCAGUCCCUGUUUCCGCCCUUUGCCAUCAGGUGCGAUCCACUUGAGGGCCGGGAGGUGACCAAGAGUCGGCUGCUGGCGGGGUUUCUGGUGCACUUCGAUGACUGCUUCACGGCUUCAGUGCUCUACUGCGAGCUGCACGCGCAGACCCAGGACCACGCCCGGCUGAUCCUGUACGAGGAUGAGAGCUGCCUCCAGCUGCUCAGCGAGAUCUACGUGACGGAGCGGUCCAUUUGCUGCGAGAAGAUCGGCAUCAACUGCAGCUGCUUCUCGGUGGAGGAUCACCAGUUCUCUGCCCGGACGCUGGCAGAGCGCAAGCUUUGGCUGCGGGCCAUCUCGAACUUGAAGGUGAAGCUCCAGAACGCAGCCCCUGCGCCCACAGAGGCGGAGACCUGCCACUACCGUGCCGCCAUCAAGGAGCAUGCGGAGAAGAUCCAAACGGAGGAGGGCCGUUUGAAGACGGACGCCCUGCUGCAGAAGGCGGAGGUUCACCGAUGGCAGGACCAGGGCCGCGACAGUCUGGGGGCUUUGCCCUCGCCCCCGUCACCAUGGGACUUGCGGCUCUGGGACAAGAGCCCCAGGAGAGUCGGUCCGCGAGCCCCUUGGGGUUGCCACCUGGCAGGGUGUCCGUGCUAUGCUAGUGGAAGGAGGGGGAAAUAG